GUGAGAGAAGCCCCCGGCGGUGCAGCAGAGGAAGCGCCUGGUGGAGAAGUCGUCGUGUAGCGAUCGAUUGCUACUGUCUGAUCUCUCUGACGUAAAGAUGGAUGCCUGCCGAAAUAGGUUAUAAACGUGGGAAGUUAACUCCCUGUUCAACGUGCAGUUCCCUAUUUUGGCCAAUGCUUGCUGCGCUACAGCAUGACCACAGCAGUGUCGUCUCAUCUGGUAGUUCUGGCAAAUGAAAAUGGAGGAGGUUUCAAUGUCCAGCCUGGACAACAGCAAGCUGGAGGGCCUAGCUCAGGACAUCCUGUCUGACCUGGUAGAGGAUGCAUGCCUGGGUCUUUGCUUCGAGGUCCACCGGGCCGUCAAGCAGGGCUAUUUUUUCCUGGAUGACACGGACCAAGAAAGCAUGAGGGACUUUGAAAUUGUGGACCAGCCAGGAUUGGACGUGUUUGGCCAGGUUUACAACCAGUGGAAAAACAAAGAGUGUGUAUGCCCCAACUGCAGCAGAAGCAUUGCUGCCUCACGCUUCGCCCCACACCUGGAGAAAUGCCUGGGGAUGGGACGCAACAGCAGCCGCAUAGCCAACCGCAGGUACGAGAGUAAAAAAAACACAAACAACAAAUCAGAGAGUGACCAAGAGGAUAAUGAUGACGUCAACGAUAAUGACUGGUCUUAUGGAGCAGAAAAGAAAGCAAAGAAAAGGAAAUCUGAUAAGAAUCCAAACUCACGAAGAUCCAAAUCAUUUAAGCAUAAGAGCAGUAUGAUGGGUCCUAGACGUCGUAUGGACAACCAGGAGAGCCCGCGCAUGCUGAUGAAAGAUGAGGCAUUCCCUCAAUAA